ACACGCCUACACCUCUUAUAUGCGAGGUUUCUUCUCCCGACCAGAUGAAAUCUCCCUGAGGUGUUUCACCUUUUCCUAUCCACCGUACUUCAGAAAUACCAAUUAUGUCGUAUCUGAAACGUUUCAUUUCGUUUCUAAGGAGUUCCAAUUUUCCAGCAGCCCAUAAUGUUUGUACAUUCCAUGUUCCUACUGUCAGAAUGUUUUUGGCGAGUUUUAGUUUUUGUGUGUUUUGUGUCGUAUCAUUCGUGUAUAACUUUUUUCCAGUAGCCAAUUUUUCGACUCUGUCCUGGUCACUCGGCAGAGUACGCGGACCUUAUUUACCCGGGCGCCGUCCGAGCCGGUAUGGUUUCGUGCUGAAGUCGUUCAUGGUUGAUUUCUGUCGUCUUGUUCCUUUUACAGACGGCGGUAUCUGCACCCCUUCUGUCAAACGCUCUUCCUUUAUCCAGACUUGCGACCGGCACAGAAGCCGCUGGAUUGUGGUCUCUAUGGUGGAGUUUCUUAUGACUAUGCGUCUGUAUAAUGCUGGAUCUUUUUAAUUAGUAUCAGGUAAAAUAGAUUGUUUUGCUGUCACUAAAGGUUAGUAAUCUAACAUUUUUAAUUUUUAUUACAGUAGACAUCAAAAAGUUCACAUCACUUUUUUUUGUUUUGCCUCAUAUAUUAAGAGUAACUCACAUGUAAUUUGAAUUUCUUUUUUUAUCACUGGAUAGUAGAGGUCGAUUAUUAUAUAUAUAUAUGUUAGAAUCUUGUUUUAUGAUGAAUUAUUUAACAGAUCUAAUCGAAAUACGUUAAUUAAUACUAAAACUACAGACAGGUCUUAUAGUUAUAUUUUCUUGUGAUAAGAUUUUCGAUAGUAUUCGAUAAAGAUCAAUAAUAAUACCAUAAAUUGUUGAAAUCAUAUAUUUAAAUAAAGAUUUUUUCCAUUAUUAUGACAUCACAAUUUAUUUAUUUCUUAACAACUUUUUAUUUUUUUUGUAGAUUACAUGAAAGAAUAUAAAUUUUUAUCAUGGUUAUUGUGUCUAUAUAAAGAUACAAUUAAAAAUCAAGAUAAACUAAUCUUGAUCGGACAUUAUUGUCUUAUUCAAUAUGGUUUUGUUAUUGAUAAUGAAGAUGAGGAGACUAAUGAAUUACUUACUAUUAUAAAAGUCGAAUAUUUAUUUGAAGAUGAUAUGUAUUUUAUGCUGUUUACUAUUAAUAACAAGGAAUCAGAAUUUAAAGUACCAAUUAAAGAUCACUUUAUUGAUGGUGUAUUACUUAAUGUUGGUGAUUUAAUUGAAAAUAUUGAAAAACGAACGACAAGCAUUCUUAAAUAUCGACGAACACAAGCACGAAACAAGUGA